AAAGCUUGUUCGAUUGUCACCUCCAACAGGAUUUUGGGCCAGAACCUCAUUCGUUUCCCGUCGUCUGCCCUCCUCUCGCCAUGGACCCCUCCACAUUUAUCGAUCCGUACCUGACACCGCCCGAUCGGCUGGUGCUCGAUAACCUGCUGAAAGAUAGCCAGGCACCCCCCAAAAAGGGGAGAUCAACGGCUGGGACACAAACAAGCUCCGAUGCCGAUGCGACCAUCAGCCAACUGGAGGCCUUCAAUGACCCCCAGCAUGCCGAGUUUGUCCCCACGGUCUGGUUCUUCUGGGACCUGAAAGAUGUCAAGCUGCAUCCUCUCCUGGAUCAAUGGGUGCUGCAGCCCUAUAUCAAAGCUGCACGGUCCAUCGUCCGCGUGGAAACCGACGUGGUCAUGCUCACGCAUCUCCUCCUCUACUUUGCCACCUCGAUCCCCAGUGCGAUUUAUCUCUACCGCAACUUCCACUGGGUCCAUGGCGUCCUCCACUGGCUCAUGCAAUCCUGGUACGUGGGUACCUAUACCCUGAUGAUGCACCAGCACAUCCACAUGGGUGGCAUCCUGAAAAAGCGCCUCUGGUGGUGGUUCGACCUGCUGUUCCCCUACAUCACGGACCCGUUGAUGGGCCACACCUGGAACUCCUAUUACUACCACCACGUCAAGCACCAUCACGUCGAAGGCAACGGACCCGAGGACCUGUCCUCGACCAUCCGGUAUCAGCGCGACAGCCUAGCCGAUUUCGCCUGCUACGUCGGCCGCUUCUACCUCUUCAUCUGGCUGGAGCUGCCCACCUACUUCCUACGCAAGGGCAAGGUCUACUUUGCCCUCAAGGCCGCGUUCUGGGAGAUUGGCAGCUACGUGAUGAUGUACCUGAUGUGGAACUACGUCAGCUGGCGGGCCACGCUGUUCGUGUUCCUUCUUCCGUUCCUGCAGCUACGCGUCGGCCUCAUGGUGGGCAACUGGGGCCAGCAUGCCUUUGUCGAUGAGACGGACCCGAACUCGGACUUUCGCUCGAGUAUCACCCUGAUUGAUGUAGCGAGCAACCGCUUCUGCUACAACGACGGCUACCACACCUCCCACCACCUGAACCCCCGUCGCCACUGGCGCGACCACCCCGUGGCCUUCCUCCGUCAAAAAGACCGCUACGCCACGGAACACGCCCUCGUGUUCCGCAACAUCGACUACAUCAUGAUCACGGUGCGUCUGAUGCGCAAGGACUAUCGCUACCUAGCCAAGUGUCUGGUCCCGAUGGGUGACCAGAUCGGCAUGACGGAGGAUGAGUUGGCGGAGAUGUUGCGGCGGAAGACUCGCCGGUUUAGUGAGGAGGAGAUUCAGCGGAAGUUUAGUUGAGGGGGGGUGAUAUAGUAUGUUUUGUUUGCUGAUGGUGUUGGUUGAUACUAUCGUGGCUGAUGAGUCUAAUGGUGGUUUUUUUAGAUAAAUAUCUUGUCUUGCAUAUAGAUGCGCGCGCGUGUGGAGAUAGACAGACAGCGGCGCUGUUGCAG